AUGGGCAAGUACAGUCUGCGGAAGAUCAUGGACAAGCAGACCCAGGUGGUCAUGUUCAGUUCCACGGCGAUAGCCCUGUAUGGGUAUGAUCAAGGCAUGAUGUCCCUGAUCAACACAAACUACAACUACCUGUACACCAUGGGCAUCGCCGGAAACUCGGCCCUGGUCGGCCUGGUCGUCUCGGUCUACUACCUGGGCUGUGCCGUGGGAGCGGUGCUGGCGUCGCGCUUCGCAGAUGCAAAGGGUCGCAAGCCGGGCAUCUUCGUGUGCCUGGUGACGGCCAGCCUGGGAAACCUGCUCAUGUUCGUCGCGGGCAUGGGCCGCACGACGGGCCCGCGGGCCGCUCUGGCGACGAUGCUCUGCGGGAGGAUCGUCAUGGGACUUGGAGUUGGUGGUAUCGAUGCCGUGGUGCCCGUGUACAGCUCCGAGCUCCAGGAAGACGACGCGCGCGGCACGGCGCUGGCCCAGGAGUUCCAAGCCAACAUCUUCGGCCUCAACAUGGCCUACAUCCUCAACGUCGGCGUCACGCACGGCCUCGGCAAAUGGAAUCAGUGGGCCUGGCGCGUGCCCAUCAUCGUCAUGCAGGUCUAUCCAGUCCUGCUGCUCGCCGUCGCGAACCUCCUGCCCGAGACGCCCCGGUGGUGUGUCCUGCACGGCGACAACGAGCGGGCGAAGCGCAGUAUCGCCCGGGUCUUCGGCAACGACCAAGUCGACGACCGUAUCCACGAGCUGAUCGAGGCGCACAAAAAGGAGCAGGAGGAAGGCCACAUCUCGUACUGGGACAUGCUGUGGCCGGGAGGCUCGCAGUUCCACCCGACCGUCGUGACCGUCAUGGGCCAGGUGAACCAGGCGCUGACCGGGUACGGGGCGGUGUCAGUAUUCGGGGCCCAGAUCUUCCAGCUGCUGGGCUUUGGCGUCAACACGGCCGAGUAUAUCACGCUGGGGAACUACGUCUUCUACUUCGCGAUGAUGACGAUCGCGUGGGUGCUGAUCGACCGCAUCGGACGGCGGAAGUUGAUGGUGGUCGGUGCGGUCUGGUUAGCUAUCUCCUUCGCCCUGCUCACCCUGCUGGGCGGGCUGGCGUACAACCGGCUCCGGCUCUCGAUCCCCCUGCUCGCGACCGGCGUCCCGGGGGUUGCCGCGCUGUAUCUGGCCACGGCGGUGUUCGGGAUCAGCUGGCUGGUGCCACCGUGGCUGAUUCCGACCGAGAUCUACCCCUCGACGGCGCGAGCGCAGGGCGCCGCGGUCAGCGUUAUCGUCUGGGGCCUCGCCAACUUCGCCGUCACCUUCCUAACCCCGAUCGGCUUCGAUGGGCUCGAGUACUACCUGUUCCUGGUGUUUGCCGGCACCAACGCGUUCGCCGGCCUGUGGACCUACUUGUACUGCCCCGAGUCGGGGCAUCGGACGUUCGAGGAGAACCAGGAGUUCUUCCAGGCCGCCGCCGACACGGGGUCGUGGGUGGUGGGCCGCGUCGUCGACGGGGAAUUCAAGGUCCUGCCGCAAAGGGAGGUGGAAGAAGAGGAGGAGAUUGUCGCCGACGGAGAGGACAAUGCGAGUCGAGGUAAAAUGCGAACGGAAAGGGUCAAGAAGCAAAAGAAACGGGAUGCUCACGAGGAGACGGAGCCUUUGCUGGGUAGGCCGAGUACACGGUAG